AUGAUUGGAUCCACUGGAAAUCUAUCUAGUUUAUUGAGCGAUCUAGGAGGUUUAAAUGGUAAAUCUUUGACAGACUUCAAUUUUUCAAAGUAUGAUUUCUUAGACAACGCUUCAAAAGCAGUUGCUAUAAAGAGUAUCACUGACUAAAUUAAGUCAUUUUUGAAUAGUUUGGAUAGCAGCUUCAUGAAAUAAUUUGGAGAAAAUUUGUUCAAGUAUACUAAUUUGAAUGAUGAUUCCUAGGUUAUCGCAAUGCUUUAAUAAGGAUUCACUAGUAUUGAGAGUAUUUAAGCAAAGGACGCUGCAAAUAAAAAGGCAAGUACUAGUAAAUCUAGCUCAAAUAAUGUUGUAGUAAUUGUUUUGCCAAUCGUUAAUUGGUGGAAAAAUUACAAGAUACAUUAGCAUAAUCAUCAUCAUAAUAGACACGAAUCAUAGCACCUCAAUAAAGCAAACAUUCAUGACAGCUAAUACUUUACGAAUAAUUAAGUUAAAAUUAUGCCUUAUCCAACAUUAGAGACAUCAAUGAACUUAGUUCAUGAGUAGCCUGCAGAGAACCAAGGGUAGUUCCAAAUUAUUUACUCUCAAGCAUAAUCCAAAGUGAAUGGGCCGAUGCCUUAUCCAUUAUACUCUGGUAUCUAUUCUCACAGCACUAAAGUCUAUUACAAAAACUAGAAGAAGCCAAUAGUAAACAGCUAUAUAUAGCCAUAACUGAUUUAAAAUCAUGAAUUUGAAAGCACUCACAAUGAGGCUAAAAAUAAAAUUAUGAAAAUUGUGAUUUCUGUUGAGUAAAAAUAGUAAGAAUGUCCCAAUGCAAAGACUUAAGUUUGA